AUGGAUGCCAUCAAGAAGAAGAUGCAGAUGCUCAAGCUCGACAAGGAGAAUGCCUUGGACAGAGCUGAGCAGGCUGAGUCUGAUAAGAAGGCGGCUGAGGACAGGAGCAAACAGCUCGAGGAUGACUUGGUGGCACUGCAGAAGAAGCUGAAAGCAACAGAAGAUGAGUUGGACAAAUAUUCCGAAGCCCUGAAAGAUGCUCAGGAAAAACUGGAGCUCGCUGAGAAGAAAGCCACAGACGCUGAGGGCGAUGUCGCCUCCUUGAACAGACGCAUCCAGCUGGUUGAGGAGGAGUUGGAUCGUGCCCAGGAGCGUCUGGCCACAGCGCUGACCAAGCUGGAGGAGGCCGAGAAGGCUGCUGAUGAGAGUGAGAGAGGCAUGAAGGUUAUUGAGAACAGGGCGAUGAAGGAUGAGGAGAAGAUGGAACUGCAAGAGAUCCAGCUGAAGGAGGCAAAACACAUCGCUGAGGAGGCUGACCGCAAAUAUGAGGAGGUGGCCCGUAAGCUUGUGAUCAUUGAGAGUGAUUUGGAACGUACAGAGGAGCGCGCUGAGCUGUCUGAGAGCAAAUGCUCUGAGCUUGAGGAGGAGUUGAAGACCGUGCAAAACAACCUGAAGUCUCUGGAGGCUCAAGCAGAAAAGUACUCACAGAAAGAGGAUAAGUACGAGGAGGAGAUCAAGGUUCUUACAGACAAGCUAAAGGAGGCUGAAACGCGUGCCGAGUUUGCUGAGAGAUCAGUCGCCAAACUUGAAAAGACCAUCGAUGACCUGGAGGAUGAGCUGUAUGCCCAGAAACUGAAAUACAAGGCCAUCAGCGAGGAGCUGGACCACGCUCUCAACGACAUGACUUCUAUGUAA